GAUAAUUCAUAGGACUACACCAUAGCCAUCAGAGACCGGCCGGGAACAAGCCCCGCAAGCGGGGCAGCAUGGGCGCGACACCACCCUGCCGCGCCAACUCACCCCAAACACGCCCCAACCACUUGUGCGACACAAGGGCUACCAUACAGUAGCGCGCGACACCUAAUCGCGUGCGCCGGAGUGUGCGAGCAAACAUUGUACGGCUAAGCUCGUUUGGGCCCUAGGACGCAGGGCCUGGCCUGGCAUUUGGUGCAUUCAAUAGAGCAUAGAAAACCGAGGCCACAUAUGUGCUGGGGUGCGCAAAGGUCGGCGGAAUUGUGGGAUCAAGUGAUGGCAAUCCUGAACCAAAACCGGGCUGUGCACAGCUUAAACCGGAUACAAUCGUUUGGUGCUUAGACACAGUGCUCAGUCAGUUUAAGCAGUGAAAGCUUUUUUGCCGCGAACAGGUUUUUGCAUGGCUUCUGCUCCGACUGCUCGUGCUGUGUGAUCUAGAAAUAGCAUUGUAGCUUCAAACCAGGUCUUCUGGCAAGGCUGGCUCAACUUGAGCUCUAGCAAAGGCGGAAUCGGUCGGGGCUUGGCCCCGCACCGUCAGGCGCUCUCCAACACUGCCUAGCCUGGCGGACGGGGCCCAUGGAUGCCGCUAGGGGCGCUGGCGGAGCCGUGUCUGAUGGAGCACAGCCGCAGGACGUCGCGACGAUGCACGCGCUGCUGCGCUCCAUGGGUGUGGAGGAGUUCGAGCCGCGCGUGGUGAACCAGUUGAUGGACUUCAUGUACAAGUACACAACAGAUGUGUUGUUAGAUGCUGAAGUGUUCAGCGAGCACGCGGGGCGGCAACCGGGGCAGGUGGACGCCAGCGGCGUGACCAUGGCCAUCCAGUCCCGGACGGCGCUCUACGUUCAGCCGCCGCCGCAGGAGCGUGUGACAGAGCUGGCUCGCCAGGUCAACGACACGGCACUGCCCGACCUGGUCACCAAGCCCGGCCUGCCGCUGCCGCCCGAGGGCAAGCAGAUGACGGCCCCCAACUGGCAAUACGACCCGCAGCAGCAGUAUCAGCGGUAGCAGCAGCAGCAGCAGCAGCAGGACUGCAUGGAGUGUCAGGCCCAGCGGGAACAGAGGUAGCAGCAGGACUAGCGGCAAGACAAGUUGCAGAAGCAGGGACGGAAGGGGCGGUGCGUGCAGCAGUGGCGCGGCGGCCCGGGCGGGACCGGCGUGUAUCGUACAUGGCGACACCGGCGGUCCGGCGGCAGCAGGACAGCUUUGAGAGGCACAACAGGAGCACGGAGGCUUUUAACGGUGGUGGGUGGAGUUUGCUGCUGGUCGGAUUGCUCGGUGGGUGUGCAGGGCUUCAGGUAGGGGCCAGGGAACCUCACGGGGAUGGGAGCGUUGCUCGGCAUGCAACGGUGGAGCACGGGUGCCCGUCAAACAUGUGGGGACGCAGCCGUGACAGGAGCACAUUGCUUGCGUAUCAGCAAUUGUUUGCGCGAGCGUGUCCUCAUCCCAAACUGGUAGCUCUUGGCCGGACAAGUGCGCAUGCCAUGUGGUUCGCCAGUAGCAAAGUUGCCAUGGAGCAGCGAUGUCGUCCUAAACUUGUUGGAAGAAUGUAAUGCCCUUAAAGC